AUGGAGGUCCAGAUGAGAAGGCACAGACAAGUGCAGAUCCAGGAUCAAGAGAACAUUUAUGCCAUAAAGGGUAAAAGUAACGUAUCAAUUCCGACGAAAAAGCAGGGUUUGGCAGUGCGGGGAGCUUUAGGUGACAUUAACACGAAUGUACAAACACAACGGGAGAUAGUUGGUAAAGUGGCGGUUGCUGCUGCAGAGUUUGAGAAAAAAGCGUCUCUUAAUCGUGCGGCUGUCCGAAGCAAUUACAGCCAUGUUCAGUCCAAGGUGGAUACUGGUCUUGCUGCUAAGCCUGCUGCCCAGCCGGCACGGCCUGCAUUGCGCCGCGAAGAGAGUACUGCUAACCUUGCUGCCAGAGCCGCUGCACGAAACAGGGCUAUCUUGAAAGAUGCUCAGAAUAAGCCUACUGAUCUCAAGGAUAAGGUACACGAAAUCAAGAAGUCUUCAAAAUUGCCAACUCUAAAAGAGAACAAAGAAGUAAAGGCAUUGAAACCUAUUCUCAAGGAAUCAACUGAAUCAUUAGGGAAGCUAAAGCUAGUAGAGACAGAAAAACCAGUUAAUGACAAAAAGACUGUUGAAUGUUAUUCAGCUUUAUUGCAUAGUGACUUGGAUGUGACGCCACCAUUACCUGAUGACAUUGAGGAUAUUGAUGCUGGAGAUAAUAAUAGUCCCUUGCUCAUGUCCAUUUACAUUAAGGAUAUUUACAAGUAUUUGACAGAAUUAGAAGAGAAAUACAAUAUAGAGCCUGACCACUUGAGAAAACAGACUGUUAUAACUGGAAAAAUGAGGGCAACUCUUAUUGAUUGGCUAGUGGAGGUUCAGCGUCAAUUCUCAUUAGUGCUAGAGACUUUACAUCAGACUAUUGGAAUCAUUGACCGAUACUUACAGGCAGUCCCGAACAUACAAAGGAACCAACUGCAGCUGGUUGGCAUAACUGCAAUGUUCAUUGCCAGCAAGUAUGAAGAAAUCUAUGCUCCAGAUGCUGGAGAUUUCAUCUAUGUGACCGAUAAUGCAUAUACGAAGAUGGAUAUGUUUCAAUGUGAAAGGGAUAUCAUGUCAAAGUUAGGCUUCUGCUUAGCCAGACCUGUUCCUCUACACUUUUUAAGAAGAUUUGUGAAAGCUGCACAUGGAACAUCAAAGAAUCACCAUUUAGCUAAAUAUUUUGUUGACCUUUGCUUGGUAGAAUAUUCAAUGGCGCACUACCGACCUUCAGAAUUAGCAGCUGCAGCCAUCUGUCUAUCACUCCACUUACUUUCAGGCAAGGAACUUGAAGACGUGUGGACCCCCACACUGUCAUAUUACUCAUGUUAUUCGCUCAAGCAUAUUGACCCUAUUAUUAGAAAACUAGCAAAAAUCGUUAUUAAUGUAAGCAAUUCCAAAUAUAAGGCUGUAUACAAUAAAUAUCUAGAUGUUUCACUUGCCAAAGUAUCCAGCCUUCCGCAGCUAAGAGGUGAAGCUAUUCAGGAGUUGGCCAUUACAUCAUCAAGUUCCUAA